AUGGAGCAGUGGUGCCGUGCGGCCGGGGCGAUGGCGGACGGAGCCGGGCGGGGCGGAGCUGAGGGGCGGUGGCGGACGGAGCCAGGCGGGGCGGAGCUGAGGGGCGGUGGCGGACGGAGCCGAGGCGGGGCGGAGCUACGGGGCGGUGGCGGACGGAGCCGGGGCGGGUCGGAGCUACGGCGGGCGGGCCGGGACCGGGCGGAGUUGCAGCGGACGGGGCGGGGCGGACGGGGCGGCGGCGUGCGCUGCGGCUGCGGCCGGUUCCGCGGCGGGCGGGCGGCGGGGCAGCGUGGAAGCAGCAGCGGGUGCGGGGGCAGGGCCGGAUCUGAUAUGGGCGGCGUGCGGCGGGUUGUGGGGGUGGCGGCGGACGGGCGGGAGGUCGCGGGCGGGCGGGCGGGAAAGGAAAGGAAGUGGCGGUUGGGCGUUCGCGGGCGACGACUGGUUUUGGACCAGAUGCACCUCGUGAUGUAA